AUGUUAAAGGACUCACUGGAGGGCUGGCAUCGUGGCCGAGUCAUUCUCAUUGGCGAUGCAGCUCACGCCAUGCUUCCCACACAAGGCCAGGGAGCUAGUCAAGCAAUCGAAGAUGCAGAGGCUUUGGGAGCCUUUUUCGAGAGUAUUAGCGAGACGCCUUCGGCGGAUGCUCUCUCGGAGAUUCUAGAGAAUAUUUUCCAAGCUCGCUACGCCCGAGUCAGCCUCAUCCAAGCAUAUAGUAGAGAGGCGGCGAAGCCAGCUGCUGCAAAGAAAACGGUUACUUUGAGACCGGAUGAGUUUAUGAAGUUCAAUUGUAUGUAUCGGGGGGCCAAGGCGUGGAGCAACGAGGAGAUCCCUGCAUCAGCUUGA